AUGUUCUUGACGAGGAUGAGACUGGUUGAUGAUAGAGGGGCGCAGGAGGCAAAUGCACAGCAGAAGCAACUGCAGGAGCAGAAGCCCCAGCAGCAGCAGCCGCAGCAGCAGCAGCAGCAGCAGCAGCAGCAGCAGCAGCAGCAGCAGCAGCAGCAGCAGCAGCAGCAGCAGCAGCAGCAGCAGCAGCAGCAGCAGCAGCAGCAGAAGCAGAAGCAGAAGCAGGAGCAGCAGCAGAAGCAGGAGGAGCAGGAGUACUUGGGAGGUGCAACAGCUGAAUCCACACCGCCAGAUUUCGAUGUGCAAGGCAUGGUGCACACUGGCAUACUGCAAAUGCCACGCACGCUGGUGUCUCGCCUGCUGGUGAUCUGCUACGACCACCGCAGCCUGGCCUUCUGCUGCUCGCUGCGCCUGCACUGCUAUCUUGACACACAGGUGUGUGUGGCUGGCUGGAGGCCAGCAAACCAGCAGUAG